AUGGCAGGUAUGAACCUCACCCCCUCUGAUCCUUCAAGUUUCAUCCUAAUGGGCAUCUAUGGCCUGGAAUCUUCCCAUGAAUGGAUUUCCAUCCCGUUCUCUAUAUCCUACAUUAUCGGCCUGCUGGGAAAUUUCAUGCUUCUGUUUGUUGUAGGCAAAGAGCAGACCCUGCACAAGCCAAUGUACCUGCUGCUCUGCAUGCUGGCCCUCACAGACAUUGCCACGUCUACCUCCGUCGUUCCAAAGGCACUGUGUAUAUUUUGGUUCAAUUUGAAAGGCAUUACUCUGGGUGGCUGCCUCACCCAGAUGUUCUUCCUUCACACAAUUUCGAUUAUGCAGUCAGCCAUCCUCGUAAUAAUGGCCUUUGAUCGCUAUGUUGCAAUAUGUAGCCCUCUGAGAUACACCACUAUACUCACCAAUGUUCAAAUAGCUAAGCUAGGGCUUGUGGGUUUGAUAAGAGCCGUUCUUUUCUCUCUGCCCAUGCCCCUGUUCCUGACCAGGCUGCCAUUUUGUGCAAACCGCAUUAUCCCCACCACGUUUUGCGAGCACAUAGCUGUGGCGAAGAUGUCGUGUGGGGACAUUACAGUCAACAAAACAUAUGGCUUGGUGAUAGUGUUUCUAGUCAUUGGGUUAGACCUGACACUCAUUGCCCUGUCCUAUGCUCUAAUCAUCAGGGCUGUUCUCAGAAUCUCCACCAAGAAAUCCCACCAAAAAGCCCUCAACACUUGCACAGCACACAUCUUUGUCAUGAUGAUAUAUUAUGUUCCCGGCCUCUUCUUCAACCUGACACACCGUUUCGGUCAGGGCAUUGCUCCCCACAUUCACAUCAUCUUGAGCAACCUCUAUCUUCUUCUUCCUCCCAUGCUCAAUCCUAUCAUCUAUGGGGUCAAAACCAAAGAGCUUCGUGACAAAGUGUGCAAAUACACCUGCAGAAGUUAA